AUGGCCGGCCUAGGAUUUAAAGUUGGAGAACCUGCCGAAAAGUCACCGGCCGUCCAUUACGCCAACUGGAAAGAAGAUAUGUUACUGUUGAGACAAAUGCAUGUUCUGAACCGAUCGGAGAGAAAUGUGGUGCACAGGAUUAAAAUUGACCAAAAAGUUUUGUACAAGAGAUUUCAGGGGAAGUUACACCGUUCGCAACUUACAAAGGCGCGACUGACGGGAGACAAGGAUUUAGAACGUAAGUUGAGAGCGAGCAAAUUCCAUGGUCUUAACGUUGAUAUUGUGAACACUGAGAAAGAUUUUGAAUUUUUGGAUCAGCUGAAAACGAGAUCAACAAAAAGUACCAGAAGAUCUAGUCGACAAAAUAGCAUUUCUCCAAAACAUAAUGCUAAAAAUUCCACGGAAAAUGAAAUGGACACUAUAAUUCAGAAAGUCUUUCAAGUUCAAAGUGUUCCAAACACGCCAAGAGCAAGAAGUAAAUCGUUCUCAGAGGGAGUGACAAUGGAAUCGCCAGUUGUGACCUCCGAACAAAACUACCAGAAACCACCAACCUUUGCCUUGCGACCCGCGACGUCUGGCGGUGAACGAUAUGAUAACACUGAAGUAGUUUUGCCUGAUAUUUUCCUAAAACCGACGAAAGAAAAACAGAAAAAACCAAGGACAAAAAAUAACAAAUCAAGCAACCAACUCCAAGUGAAUUUUGAGAACGACAGAGCGAAAACGUGCUCUCCUAAUCUCCUUGGAAAUGGUGGUUUUAGUCCAAUAUCUAAAUCGCCAUCACUGAGCAGACGACAGUCUGUAGCAACGAGUCAGGACAAAAGCUCGAGACGAACAAGUAUGUUUUCGAAAGAAGAGAAGGUAGACAUCACACAGUUACUAUUAGACAGAAUGAAAACAGUGGACUAUUCCUCAAAGGUGAAAGAUUUCUGUGAAUCCCUUGACGAUCAGUGUGUGGAUGGCGGUGAACAGGCCGACUAUUACAAUCUCAGGUUAAAGGUGGCCAUGACGGAAUCCAAGGGUUACAGACCCAUGUCGGUUCCGGGUACACCGGAGGGUGAUUACCGGAGACAUGUCGGUGACCUGGGCGUCCUUAGUCUGACGCUGAAACCACUCAACUUAGAUUUCUCUAGACGGGAUCACUCUUCUUACUCACAGUCAGCAGCUCCAGAUCUACCCGUAGUUUCGUAUUCUUCAUCCGAAGAUGACGAUUCGGAGAUAGACGAUGAAUAUUAA